AGCCUCUGUAGCUCUCUCGGCCGUGUGAGUUUCGGUUGCUAAGGAACCACAGAAAGCAGCUGGCACAGACAUGAGGAUGCUAUAGCUGGAGGGCUGGGCAGUCUGGCUGGUUGAGGUGUGGAGGGACACCACAGACCACGCCAGAGUUCUGACAGGGGAAGAAAAUAGAAAUUUCACCACUCUCGGUGGAUCUAACGUCUUCAUGCGUCUCCUUGGACUGCAAUUAUGGUUACACUUAUCACGGAGCAGCUCCGUAAGCAGAGUUUAGAGGAACCUUAUCACAAGGCUUUCACAUUCAAUGCCAGUGUGUCUCUGCCUGCAGUGGGCUCGAGUCCCACUGUUUCUUGGAGUGCUGGGAAAUCAACACAAGACACCAGCUCAGCCUCGCAGCAGUCAUCCAAGGCACAUGUUUUGGCUAAACCGUGUGAACCUUGGCCUCGUUCCCGCUCUGGAGAGCCACUGCAGGAACCAAAGCUUUCACUCCAGAGUUCCCCUCCGCCACCUCCGAAACGCCACUGCCGCUCGCUCUCUGUGCCAGAGGAUCUGUCCCAGUGUCGCUCCACUUGGCACCCAAGCGCAUCAAAAGUCUGGACUCCAGUUAAACGGGGCUGCCACAGCGGGGGAGCAUCAGGUUCCGGCUCUGGAGCCAGUUCUCUGCUUUGUGGUCCCAGUUCUUCCUUCACCUCCCUCUCUUUACACUCGUCCUCUAGCCCUAACUUCUUUAGUUUAGCCUUGUCUUCUGACUCCUCUUUGUCAUGCGGCUUCCCAUGGGAUCCCUGUGAUACACUGAAAGGUGCUUGCUCUGCUUCCCUUGCUACUCCAUCCUCUUGCUCCUCCUCACCAGCUCCCCUGGUUUCUAAUUCUGUCCUUCACCGUCGCUUCUCCCUUUCUCCUGUACACAUUCAAAUUGCCUCGGUGACGUCCAUGCACGCCCAGCCUUCCCAAGCUCCUUUUACGGCACAUAGCUUUUCAGGCCCAGAAUAUCCGACCCUGUGUCCCUCGCCCACCUCAGCCUGCAGUACACCGUCCUGCUCUAGGCGGGACCUGCACCCUGCCCUGCCACGAUGCCACUCGCAGCCCUGUGACAUGCGCAAACCGCGGUUGAAGCGGCGCCACGACCCAGAUAUUCCGCCUUGCUCCAGGCCAGGGCUGGACUUCAGCAAAAUGACACAGAUGAGUAACUAUGACAGCCUGGUGGGUGGAGCAAGUGGGGGCAUCUUUCCUGUGUCCCAGUCAGAGCAGCGCUUGGCCUUCUCGCCUGCUGAAUUCCUGGGAAGGACUAGCAUCGGCCCGCUGAGUGAAAGUGAAGAGGAGGAAGAGGGAGAAAGGACUGUUUUAGCUGUUGGAAAGGUUCUUUUUGAAAGAGACUGUACAGAUUUGGACUUGAGCCUCAUAGAAGAAAACUGACCAUGAUGUGGUGCUUAAUGUUCCUACUGCAUUCAUAACCAUAAAAAAAGCACACAUGUAGGCUUCAGGUAGAGCCUUUUGGGAAUAAUCUACUCUUAAUCGCUUGAGUUGAUGAUUGAAACCAAUUUUCAAUCAGCUUGCAGUGUAGUGUGUAAGCUCAGUUUUCAGACUCAGAAAUGUCAGUGCCUGCCUGCUCAGCCCUCUUAAAGGGAAAUGCACACGAGCAAACAAGCAGUUUUUCAUGUGAAUACUUUGAUGAAUUUUUUUGUUUUUAAUCAGCAAGAGUCUUAACAUUAUCCGCUGCAUCUCUGUAGUCUUUCACAGCCUUAUUGGUGCAACAUAUGGAAGUGAAGGAAAAAAAAUAUCAGCUUGAAUUGAAAAUCUGCACACAAGCACUUGUGGUGAUGCCAUGUGCAGAAGGAACUCAUAUCUUAGUGCUAUCCUGUAUAUUUAACAGGAACAUUCCAGAUUCUACUUAAAUAUUUUGAAUUCUCCCUGUAAAAGAAAUGAGUUUUUCAGUUUCUGUUGUACAAUAUGUUUGCUUCUUCAAAGGGAAUUAGUUUUUUCUAUUGUAGUGAAAUGAAUAAUAGGAAAGUAUCCUUCACAAAUGAUGCAACCUUGACCAUGCUGUUAACUUGACCAUGCCUUAAUCUUUAAAUGCAGAGCCAUGGGUGCUCUGGUCCCCUUUUUACAGCGAGGCACAUUUAUGGUCUCUGUUUGCACUCAUUCAGAUAUUUUUGAAUGCUUGGCACAUAAACUACAAUAGCUGAAAGAAUAACUGAAUCAGUGCAGCAGCUGGACUCUGUGGCACACUAAUGUACUGCACAGCAGUAAAUACUGAGUCAUGUUUCCACCCUGUUCUGAGUGGAUGUGGCAAAGGCUGGAGUAAUGAAGAUGAUUUGUGGCCUUCGAGUUAUCUUUCAUGUUUUCAAAUGGAAAAACUCCUGUUGCACAAUGUAUGAAUGAAUAAAAUUUAAUAGGCUUUUUUUUCCAAA